GGGCUCAUUGAGUGGAAAAUUCCUGAAAGGCCCUUCAAGACUCAGAGUCAGAGAAGGCGAUUUGCUCCCCCGGCCCUAUUCGAACUAGUUCCUACUUUUAGUAAAAGUUCAGGACCCGGUUGCCCUUUUGUGUUUCCUCCCAUCUCAUAUUAUUCCUCACGCUUGUGGUUCGUGGACAACUUCUUGCGCUCGCCUUAUUCAACGCCCUCCCAGACCUUUUCCCUCCCUGCCUCGUACAAGCAAAAGCACCAGGAAAUUUGCGGAACCGACACCAAAAUGUGUGGCAUUUUUUCAUGUUCAGGACACCCAGAUGUGCAGAAGUUCAAGCCCACGGCCUUGAAACUUGCAAAGCAGGUCCGACACAGAGGUCCCGAUUGGAGUGGAAGUGUGAUCUGCAACGAUACCAUCCUCUGCCACGAACGUCUUAGCAUUGUUGGUGUUGAGUCCGGCGCUCAGCCCCUUACCAACGAAGAUGACUCGAUCAUCCUUGCCGUCAACGGCGAAAUCUACAACCACAGACUGAUUCGAAAGAACUUGAAGACCCCCUACCACUUCAAGACACACUCCGACUGCGAGGUCAUCAUUCCUCUCUAUAUGGAAUAUGGUCUUGAUGCGCCCAAAUACUUGGACGGCAUGUUCUCGUUCGUGCUGUACGACAAGAAGCUUGACCGCACGAUCGCAGCUCGUGACCCUAUCGGCAUAACCACAUUUUACCAGGGUUGGGACUCGAAAUGUGAGAAGUCGACAUAUUUUGCCUCUGAGCUGAAGUGCUUGCACACAGUUUGCGACAAGAUUCGGGCAUUCCCUCCUGGUCAUAUUUUUGACUCCAAGACUGGUGAGACCCACAGGUAUUUCCAACCAUCGUGGUGGGAUGGCUCGAAGGUCCCCGAAACACCUCUUGACUUGAAGGCCAUCCGCAACUCAUUGGAGAAGUCCGUCAGGAAACGGCUUAUGGCCGAGGUGCCCUACGGUGUCUUGCUUUCCGGUGGCCUUGAUUCGUCCCUUGUGGCUGCCAUUGCCCAGCGGGAGACCCUGCGCAUGAGAGCUGUGGCCGAAGCUGCCAACGCCGAGGCCGAGAACGCCGACGCCGACAAGGGUGAGGGUCUGGUUGGAAUCGACGACGACAACAAGCUCUCGACCAUGACAUUCUUACCUCAACUCAACUCUUUCUCGAUUGGUCUGCCUGGCUCGCCCGACAACGAGGCCGCCAAGAAGGUCGCCAAGUUCCUCGGCACCAAGCACCAUGUCAUGACCUUUACUAUUGAGGACGGUCUUAACGCUCUGUCCGACGUCAUCUACCACCUCGAGACCUACGAUGUGACCACAAUCCGUGCCUCGACGCCCAUGUACCUGCUCUCGAGAAAGAUCAAGGCUAUGGGUAUCAAGAUGGUUCUCAGUGGCGAGGGAAGUGACGAGAUCUUUGGUGGAUACUUGUACUUCCACGCUGCUCCCGACAAGAAGGCUUUCCACGAGGAGACUGUCCGCCGUGUCAAGAACUUGCACCUUGCAGACUGCCUGCGUGCCAACAAGUCAACAUCGGCGUGGGGUCUUGAGGCUCGCGUGCCUUUCCUCGACAAGGAGUUCCUCGAGACCUGCAUGAACAUCGACCCUGCGGAGAAGAUGAUCACCAAGGAGAAGAUGGAGAAGUACAUCCUGCGCAAGGCCUUCGAUACUACGGACGAGCCGGAAACGGAGCCAUACCUGCCCGAUGAGAUCCUCUGGAGACAGAAGGAGCAGUUCUCUGACGGUGUCGGAUACGGUUGGAUCGACGGCCUGAAGGACAACGCCGAGCUACACGUGACAGACGAGAUGAUGAAGAACCCCAAGCCAGAGUGGGGCAGCGAUAUUCCCGAUACCAAGGAGGCUUACUGGUACCGCUGCAUGUUCGACGAGCAUUUCCCUCCCCACUGUGCAUCGACGGUCGAGAGAUGGACACCGACCUGGUCGAAGCAGUCCGACCCUAGUGGUAGAGCCAUCUCGAUCCACGCGCAAAAGUACGAGGACAGCGCAUGAGCGACGCGUGCCAAGAGGUGGGGAGGCUUACAUAGGGAGAGCAAGG